AUUAUAUGUUUUGUGGUGGUGGUGGUCACUGGACAACUAUCAAUUUCAAUUUAUCUACCAAAUCGGUGACGUUUGAUUUUUGUAUUUACAUUUGAAUUAAUUUUUCUUGCCUGGUGAAAUUCUAAAAUUUGUCAGAAACUGAAAUCGUUAUAAUUAAAAUGUGGGCCGAUACACUAUUGAUAGUAUUUAUAUCAAUAUGCACGGCUCUGUUAGGUGAAGGGCUUACUUGGUUGAUGGUCUAUAGAACUGAAAAAUACCAAAAAUUAAAAGCAGAAGUGGAGAAGCAAAGCAAAAAACUGGAAAAGAGAAAAGAAACUCAUGGGGAUUCGUUAGAUAAACAGCACAAAAAGAAAAUAGAACGGGAAGAAGAACGCUUGAAGAACAACAACAGAGACCUUUCCUUUGUCAAAAUGAAGUCGAUGUUUGCAAUUGGUUUCGCAUUUACCGCUUUACUGAGCAUGUUCAAUAGCAUCUUUGAUGGACGAGUUGUAGCGAGAUUACCUUUCCAACCCUUGACUUGGAUACAGGGCCUCAGCCAUCGUAACUUACCAGGAGAAGAUUACUACGAUUGUUCUUUCAUUUUCAUAUAUAUACUGUGUACUAUGUCUAUAAGGCAGAAUAUUCAAAAACUUCUUGGAUUCGCACCCUCUAGAGCUGCAUCAAAACAAGGGAAUAGCUUAUUUGGUACAGGUCCCGGACAAUUUAAAUAAUUGUUAGUUUUUAUUUAAAUUUUAAAUGUUAGAGAUUGACCAAUGUGAUCGCAAUAAUUUAUUUCGAAAAUAAAUGUUAUUUAUGUUCA